UUGCCAAACAGCUGACUCGGUAAGUCACAGUCAGUUUUCGUUUUGAGUUCGGUUCCUUUCUAGAUAGGCAAGGCAAGUUCUCCUUGAAUUUCCACGAAUGUAAAGUAGAUAAUUUCAUAAUAUUUGUAUAGAUUCAUUAGGAAAGUAAUUUAAAUUUCAAACAUAUUCAAAAUGUCAACGACUCGUGAGGAUGAAAAUUCCGAAAACACUUGUGUUGUAUGCUUCAGAACAGUAGAAAUUUUUUCUAUUGGAGAAUGCGAUCAUCCAGUGUGCUACGAAUGCUCAACUAGAAUGAGAGUUCUUUGCACACAAACUGAGUGCCCUAUAUGCAGACAAGAAAUGCCAAAGGUGCUAUUUACACAAAAUGUCCGGCCAUAUCGUGAGGUGAAAAAUGGGCAUUACUUGGCGGACAGAAAAUUCAAAAUUGAGUUCGAUAACGCCAAGAUACGACAAGCGUACGAUACAUUGCUUGACCACCGAUGCUUGUUGUGUCCCGAUGCUAUGUCGUUCCAAAACUUCUCUGUCCUUAAAGAGCAUAUGCGACGAAAUCAUGGGCUCUUCUAUUGUGAACUCUGCGUUGCAAAUUUGAAGAUCUUGACUCGCGAACGACGUUGUUAUACGAGACAAGAGCUCGAUCAGCACCAGAAGACAGGAGAUCCGGACGACAGAUCGCACAAGGGCCAUCCGCUCUGCAAAUUUUGUGACACUCGUUACAUGGACAAAGAUGAUCUGCACAGGCAUUUACGAAGAGAUCAUCUCUACUGUCACUUUUGCGAUGCUGAUGGCCUCAACCAAUACUAUGGAAACUAUGAAUCAUUGCGUGAUCAUUUUCGGAAAGAUCAUUAUCUGUGUGAAGAAGGAACUUGCUAUGAAGAGAAGUUCACUGCAGUUUUCAGAACCGAAAUCGAUUUGAGAGCACACAGGGCGUCAGUGCACGGAAGGAUGAUUGGAAAAGCAGCUACCAAACAGGCCCGAACUCUGGAACUGGCUUUCAAGCUUACACCAAGGCCCAACGAACAACGUAGAGGCAGAGGACCAUUCUAUCCGGAUUUCGGAAUUGAAGAAGGAGCCGUGGGCUACGACAACGGUCAUUCAUCGCAGAACUUGGGCAGAUACAACAAUAGCAGGCCUGUAGAGAGUGCCGCCUCUGCUUCGACUGCUCACAUCAAUACAGACUGCAUCAACGAGUUUCCCUCACUGGACGGCAAGACCAGUGUAAGCGGCUCAUCCAAAACAAUGACCAUCAGAACAGGCAAGAAGCUGGCCAUCACUGAUGAAAAUUUUCCGGCGCUUGGUCCAGAGGCUACUGUCAGCUUCAGAGUGAACAGCAGCUCGUCAUCUGAUCGACCAAAGAGCAUCAGUCAGGUGAUGAAGUCACACCCGCCCAACCUGUCCAUCCAUGUCACCAAUCACAGGCCAGUUUCAGCCGGCGCUCCCCCCCGCCCCUCCAGCUCAGCCCAAAGCAACGCCGUCAGAAAACAGAUGCGCGAGGAUUUCCCCUCGUUAGGAAGUGAUCCGAAUGUAGUUGACGGGUUCAAAUUGCCCCAAAACGUCAAACAGUUGAAUCCUCAGUGGUCGUCCGGUAGAGAUGUUGAAUCGAAAGUGGGAGUCGUACAGAGUCAAAAUCAAAACAAACCGAAACCUAAUCCUCCAAAGCAGCAAAAUUUUAGUGUGCAGAACGAGAAUUUCCCCAGCUUGAGUUUGAAGUUUGAAAGUGCGUGUAGUGUGAAAAACAAUGAGCCAGCUACUUCGAAAAGCAACAACAAUCAAAGCUCGAACAGUAGUGGUAAAGUGAACAAGGAUGCUAACAAAAAACUUAAACAAACUUCGUCUUCUUCAUUAACAUUUCCAGUCUCCGCUCAUUCGAAUGUAGCCAAAACCCAUCAAACCAACAACGGCCACGUUUCGGGGGCAGAUAGUAGUGAUGUAGUUAACAAGACUGGAAACAGUAAGAAAAAGAAGGCCAAUAAAAACGCCUCAAACGUCUCUGAAUCUUCGCAGAAAAGUGUACAGAAGAACUCGUCGGCCGAAUCGGUGUCGGCUGCUGCGAAAAAAGCGGACACAGAGAUGACCGAAGUGAAGAACAAGAAGAAGACGAAAAACAAUCAGAAUAAGCAAACCAAAGUGCCUGAAAAUGCUACGACCAACGGUGGUGAUACGUUGGAACGGAAGAGAACGGAGUUGAACAUAGGGUUAGCGAACAAUACAUCGGAAACUAGUAAAAAGGGUUCUACCGCGUCAGAAAGUAGUAAAAACAAUAAUGCGUCGCUACAGAAGGUUACCACUUCGAAACCACCCGGUUUCGUUGAUAUUCUGCGUGACAAACCACCUCCUGGGUUCGACAACGCGGUUCCGGGGCCUCCGCCCGGAUUCUCCAUCAAAUUGAACUCAGUAGCUCGCAACCCGUUGGCAGCAGGCUCUUGUGCCAAUAACCUCACCUUCACCAACAGCUGUGGACAAUCGUUUCCAGUCAACCCAGGCAUCAACACUGCACUAAACGGUGUCGUUCACAAGUACAUUUACCCGGUUGACUUCGAUAGUAAAAACUCAGAACUCCUCAUUUCGUUGAUGGCGGUUCUCAACGAUGAUGAGUUGAAUGGAUUCAGGGAGAUGUCAUCGAAAUUCAGACAGAAUGUUAUUUCAGCCGACAUAUUCUACCUGCAUUGCUUGGAGAUCAUGGGUGAUAACUUGCCAAUCAUCUUUCCUGGCCUCAUAGCUCAGUUGCCUGACAUUCAGAAGCAACAGGUAUUCACAAUUAUUCUUCUAAAUCUUCAUUGACUAGAUUAAUUAAUCUAUUUAUUUAUUCAUUUAUUUGUGGAUCCAAUUAUUACAAAUCAUAUAAAUAUGAUCGGGCUUGGCCCAUAACCAUUAUAUUCACAAAUUUUGAUAUAUUUUGGAUAAUUGUCCAAAAAAAUAGGUUGUACUUGAAAGUUCAAAUUAUAUUUUUGUCUAAAAAACAUAGGCUAUAUGAGUUAGAAAUUUUGUAAGAUUAAAACACCAAAUUAUAGUCGAAUAUUACACUUAAUUAUCACCGCAAACAAAUUAGAUACGGUAACAAAUUAGUUUCAAAACAAUAUUAUGUAGGAAGGAUCAUUGUAGGCGUUUGCCAGAAGAUUCUGUUGUUCCUGGUAAAUCAUACACCAAAUAUUCGGGCACUUUUCCAUAUUGUUGAUUAUAUCGAAGGGUUACUUCAAAAAAUGGAAUCUGUAUAACCGUUUUCAAGUAAGGCACAUCUUUCAUAUAUUUCCCAAAACGUAAUUUGCUUUUCAAACAGUAGCUGUAUGGUAUUAGAUUUGUUACAAUUAAUACUGAAACAGAAUUGCCAUUGACCUCAUUCAAUUGCUUGCAAAAGCCUAAGUGGAGUACAAUUUUAAUACUAAAAUUAAUACUAAUACCUCUCACAAUAUUCGAUGAAGUUGAAUUCAUCAGUAAUCACUGACUCUACAAAAAGUCUCCAUUCAAUAAAUGCAAUUUUUUGCAAAAUCAACUUUCGUGUUGAUUACAUCAAUGUUAUCCACUAUCAGGAAUGAUUUCAUGAGUAAGAUUUUCAGGACUUCCAUGACUUAAUAUUCCACCAUGUUGUAAUAAACUAUGCCUUAAUGACUCAUGCACAUGUUCAUUCAUUAAGAAUAUUCAAGAUACUCAACUUUGGAAUAAUUAGUGCGAUUUUGCUGAAUAAUCAUUAAGAUUUAAUUAUGUGUGAUCAUGUUACAUUGCAUUUUUAAUCCAUUCAAUCAUUUGGCAAUGAACAAAUUGUAAUGGACAUUCAUUACUAAAUUUUGGUCAAUCGUUGUUCUUCAGAACCUGGAAAACAUGGAAUGGACCGUCUUAAAGUGAGAUUGACUAUUCGCUGUUAGCAUUAGUUGAAUGGAGGACGCAAAAGUCGAGGACUAUGAAUAAUUUUCAGUCCUCGACUGUCGCACGCAGUCCUCAACUGUCGUGGCUGUGCAAAAAUUGAAGUUGCGUGUCGUAUAAUGUAUUAAUGUAUGUCGUAUAAAAUACGACGGUAAAUCAAAUUAAAACCUUAAAAGUAUUUUUAUUAUUUAUUUUUUGAAAUAGUCUUCUUGAAGUGUUGAGCAAGUGUUACACGGCUUUGGAAGCGCAUGAAUACCACGUUUGAAAAAUUCUUUUGGUUGAGCCUGUAGCCACUCAUGCACCGCGAUUUUCACUUCUUCGUCACUUUGGAAAUGCUUGCCAUCCAUUGCAUCUUUAAGCUUUCCGAACACAUGAAAGUCACUAGGGGCGAGGUAUGGAGAAUAAGGUGGGUGAAUUAGGCUUUCAAAUUUGAUAAAUCCUGGAUAGUUUGAACCGAGAGACGGGCUGUAUGUGGUCGGGCGUUGUCGUGCUGUAACAACACGCCUGAAGUGACAAGUCCUCGCCGUUUACUCCUGCUUGCUUGCUGAAGUUGAUUUUUUAAGCAAAUUGAAUAAGAGGUACUGUUUACUGUCAUUUCCCUGUCAAUGUAAUGCUCCAAAAUUAUUCCGUUUACAUCCCAGAAGAGAGUCAGCAUGAGUUUUCCUGCUGAUCGCUGAGUUCGGAUUUUUUUUAUUCUGGCGAUGAGCUAUGGCGUCAUUCCUUACUUGCUCUUUGUGUUUCUGGUUGAUGGUAAUGUUUGUUUCUGGACAAACAUAAAUCACCAUACUGUACUGUCAUCCUGCAAUGAAUUUCCAUUGGUUUGACACCUUCACUGCUCAAGAAACGAAUGACUGAUAGCUGAUCUAACGCGUUGCAUAUUGAUAAUGGGGCGGCCAUAUUGUAACUGAAGUCACCGCUAGUUGUGUGUAGCAAGGUCACUAACGCACCUGGUAGUCAUUGUGUGAGCUUCAACGAACAUCCCUGCCAACUACCGGAUCAAUCCUACAACUUCUCGGAUUUUUACAACACUUCUAAGGUUUUCAUUUCAUUCACCCUCGUACAUAAAAAAGUGUGUUAGAAACUUGAAAUUUACUAAUGCAACAAGGAAUAGUUUUGGAUAGCUACCACAAUGUCACGUUCACUAAACUUCACCCUAAAAAAACCCCAAUUUUGUUCAUUUCUAUCGGUCUCUGCACAACAUGCAUUUUUAUAAUAUUUUGAAGUGAUUUUGAAAAGUAAGAGGGUUUUGAAGUUAUGAUAUGGAAGUAUCUAUGGAAUUAGUUGGAAGUCAUGAUAUUUUUCUAUUUGGUCUUGAUGGGGAGAAAAUCACUUUGACAAUAAAAAUGUAAAAAUCUCCGAUAAUAUUAUUUUCCUUGGGGGCUACUUAUUUCUAGAAGAAGCUGAAGUAUUACUUGUCUCCAUUAUCUGUCUAUUCACAAACAGUAUUGACUGAUAACUACUGUAUUAAAUUUGAAAAACUUCAGUAUUCCAGUUAAUGAAAGGGAUCUCCAAUUUUCCAUUAGUUGAAUUGGUUUAAUUCGAUUGAGAAUAUGAGCUGCUAUGAUUUAAAAUGUCAAUAUCACUAAUUUCGUUCUUUAUAAUACCGUACUUUCUAUCAGCAACUUGACAACUUAUUAGCUAGCCUGUACAAAUUGUGUAAAUAUGUUCAUUGUAAAUUUUGCAUAAACAACAUGUAAAAAUGUGUAAAGAUUUUGUUUUUUUUUUUAUUGUGCGUUAUGAAACUGCUGUUCAUUUUUUUUAUUUACAGGCUUAAUAAUGUUGUUAAUGUUCAAUUUGUCGUUCACGAUUAAAAAUGAUAUAUUUUA